AUGGAGCUCGGGGUUUUGGUGGAGAACUGCGAUUGUCUCGCAGAAGAUUUGAAGAACAUUUUUGAUGUGUACUGGAACAUUCCCAAGAAUUCUCAGCAAAAUGCACAGAAGACGAAGGCCUACUAUAACAUGGAGAAACCACUUGAAAUAAAGAUUGAAGGAGAGCGAAGUGCAGUUUACUUGGCGACGUCUCCAAAAGAGCUCAACAAUCGAGCUCGUACCUGGGAUCUCGAUGCUAUUGUCACGGAAAUAGACAACGCAAAUGAGUCAUUAGAUAUCCACGUUAUGGAUUAUUUUCCUCUCAUUGUUUAUUCACAACCGAAAAAAAUUUUCAAAGUUCCAAGCACUGAUUCUGAUAGUAUUGUCAUCAAUAGAGAGCGACGAACGCACAACAAGUUUAUGGUAUCAGAAUCAGCAGUAAUUAUCGGGACUUCAAAUUGGUCUGGUGACUACUUCAUUGGUGGUACGACGGGAGCCGCCAUUGUAAUCAAGCAAAAUGGCGAAAAGAGGGCUUUGGUGAAAGAGAUGCAGGCAAUUUUUGAGAGAGAUUGGAGCAGCGAUUAUGCUCAUCCAUUGGAGGACUAUUUCACUGGAUGUAUAGAACGAGGAACUCAAGCGGAUUUUUGCGAGAAUGAGAAGGAUCCCAGCCUUUUUGAAUCAUCUUUAACUGACUAA